AUGUCUUCCACCAGCACUUUUCUGCACUCUUGCUUCCUCAUCUUCUGCCUCCUCUCAGCUCCUUCCUGUGUUUCCAUGUUCUCUGGUAUUGAGACAGGAGAUUUAGAAAAAAGAGAUGAUUUGUUUCCACAGAUUCUAAGAGACGAGGCAGUGGCGAGGCUUUACGAGCUUGGGAAGGUGAGUGAUGCUAGUGGUUAUUUGGAGAGGACAUUCUUGAGUCCAGCAUCAAUGAGGGCAAUUAAUCAUAUUCGUAAAUGGAUGGAAGAUGCUGGUUUGAGAACUUGGGUGGACCAAAUGGGAAAUGUACAUGGUCGAGUUGAUGGUGUAAAUGCAAAUGCCGGAGCUUUAUUGAUUGGUUCUCACAUGGACACUGUUGUUGAUGCUGGGAUGUUUGAUGGAUCCCUAGGAAUAGUCUCUGCAAUAUCUGCCUUGAAGGCCAUGCAUGUCAAUGGAAAGCUGGAAAAGCUAAAGCGGCCCGUCGAGGUGAUUGCAUUUAGUGAUGAAGAGGGUGUCAGAUUUCAAACUACUUUCUUGGGCAGUGGUGCUAUAGCUGGUAUUUUGCCUGCUACAACAUUGGAGAUAUCUGAUAAGAGGGAUGUAAUGAUAAAAGAUUUUCUUAAGGAGAACUCAGUAGACAUUACAGAGGAAAGUCUUUUAAAGCUUAAGUAUGACCCAAAAUCUGUUUGGGGUUAUGUUGAGGUUCACAUUGAGCAGGGUCCUGUGCUAGAACAAGUUGGUUUCCCACUUGGUGUGGUUAAAGGCAUAGCUGGGCAAACACGAUUGAAGGUUACAGUAAGAGGAUCACAAGGUCAUGCUGGAACAGUCCCAAUGUCCAUGCGCCAGGAUCCUAUGGCAGCUGCUGCGGAGCAGAUCGUAGUCUUGGAAAACCUCUGUAAACAUCCUGAAGAAUACCUUUCUUAUGAUGGUCAUUGCAGUGAUUCAACAGUGAAAUCACUGUCAAGCUCACUUGUCUGUACUGUUGGAGAGAUCUCAACAUGGCCAAGUGCCAGUAAUGUCAUUCCAGGCCAGGUUACAUACACGGUGGACAUACGAGCAAUUGAUGACCUUGGACGUGAAGCUGUUAUCUAUGAUUUAUCGAAACAAAUUUAUCAAAUAUGUGACAAGCGUUCAGUUUCCUGCAUUAUUGAACACAAGCAUGAUGCAGGUGCUGUGAUUUGUGAUUCUGAUCUGAGUUCACAGCUCAAAUCUUCAGCUUAUUCUGCACUCAAGAAGAUGGAGGGUGACAUUCAGGAUGAAGUGCCAACAUUAAUGAGUGGAGCAGGGCAUGAUGCAAUGGCAAUAUCUCACUUAACAAAGGUGGGAAUGCUGUUUGUGCGAUGUCGUGGAGGCAUUAGUCACUCUCCACAAGAGCAUGUGCUGGACAAUGAUGUCUGGGCAGCUGGUUUAGCAACCUUGUCAUUUCUGGAAAAUCUAUCAUAA